AACAAUGUAUGGCUGAGUAGAGCAAUCAUCGAAGUGGAGCUUUCAUCUCACUUCGCGGGGGCCGUCCACGGCAGGCCGAACCAAAGAUGAUGGGCGCGCUUACGCCACUGGUGAUAGUUGCGUACUCUAUCCUUUUGUUAACGAGAACAGAAAUCGAGUCGGUUGCUAUAAACCUCAAAGGAAUUAACAGUCGUAAUGAUCUCGACGUCGCAGGAGAAUGUUUGAGCAUGGAGAACCACAUAUAUGCGGAUAUCACUGGGGAAAAAGCGAACCUAAAGUAUACACAUACCGAGACUUUGGACCACAGCACCGCUUUCAGCGGUGGAUAAUUACGCUGCCCGACGAGCAUGAGGAGCAAAAGGAGCUAUUUUUUCAGGGAUGAGAUAUCUCCCUG